AUGCUUGUGAGGAAGUUCCAAAAGUUCUCUAAGAAGAAUCGCUUCAGGAAGUCUUCAAAAUCCAGCUCCAAGAAUGAUGAGGCUUCCACUCGUGACUACAAGAAGAGAACAUGCCACAAAUGCAAGAAGCCAGGCCACUAUAUAUCUGAAUGUCCUCAAUGGGACAAGGAAGCAAAGAAAAAGAAGAAGAGAAAGGAAUAUGACUCUAAUGAUAAUAAGAAUAAGAAAUCCUCAAAGUCUUCAUCUUACAAGAAGAGAUCAUCUGGCAAGGCACGUGCGUUCAUUGGCAAGGAAAUGGAUUUAGAGGAGGAGUCUACUCCUGUGGAGGUAGAGGUGGAAUCUGAGGAGGAGUCUGAUUCAGGCCUGACAAGCCUGGCUUUGGCUUCGGCAUUCGUCGCCAAGUCCAACUUCAACACUGAAGACAAUGGUCACGAUGCGAUGCUGAAGCAAAUGAUGAUGAUGACUCUGCUCCAACCUACAUGGCACGAGGUGCUAAGUUAA